AUGCUUAAUGUGUUUAGAGAAUUAAAUAAUUACACUAACUUUUUACCGAAAAAUAUCAAGGCAAAUGUAAAUAAAGAAAAAUAUGAAAUACUUAGUGAAAUAAAAAGAAUAGUUUUUUUAAAAAAAAGAAAUUCCUAUAAUGUUGCAUCAGUCAUAAAACUAUUUAAUACAUAUGAGGUAAUAAAUACGAAAAAGUACAAAUCGUUUCAUUUUUACAUUUUUAUGAUUCGAUAUUUAUGGAAUUCAUUACAAAAUAAAAGUAUCAGCCCAAAUUUGAAGUGUUAUAUUUGUCAAUGUAUUUCUAGUAUAUUUAAGAAUAUUAAGAAAUAUAUCUUAUAUGAUUUCUUUUUUGAAUAUGAUAGAAAAUUAAUUUUGAAAGAAGAAAAUGGAAAAAUUGAAAAUGUAGCUAAAUGUGUGGAACCUCAUUUAGACAAAGGUAUGAAAAGUGAUUGUACUAAUAAUUCGUAUGCUUAUAUGAGUGAUAAUUAUUAUGAUGAAUAUCAAAAUUUACAUGAAGGGAGUGAAUUAGACAGUAGUAUUAAUGAUAACAAGCUUAAUAUAUUUAAUGAUGUGUAUGUUACUUGUAAUGGAAUAUAUGAAAAAAAUAAAAAAAAAGAAGAUGAAACAUUUUUAAAUGAAGAGGUUAUAAUUAAUGGAAAAGAUGAAAGUUUUCGUUUAUAUAUUCAGAAAUGCAUAUUCAAUAUUAUUGAUUAUAAAUAUUUAUUCAAUUUACUUUAUGAAUACUUAAGUAAUAAUAACAAUAACAAUAAUUAUAAUAAUAAUAAUAAUAAUAAUAAACAUGAUGAAUUUAGUCAUAAUGCAUAUAAAAGUUAUAUGGGUGCUGUACUAAACCUUUUAAACCAUAUAAAAUAUUUUUGUUAUUACAAUAUUGAUGUACAUAAUUUAUUAGUAGAAUUUGCUUUAAAUAAUGAUUAUUCAUAUUUAUAUGAAGAAUAUGUAGAUAGUAACGAUAAAGAAGGUUUAUUUUCUCAAGAAGAUUAUUUUGAUAAGAAUAAUGUUAUUUUUUUAAUAAAUAGAAAAUUAAAUGAAAGAAGAAAUAUACAUAAUAAUAAUGAUGAUUAUAAUACAAAUUGUGAUGAAGAAUAUAUUAAGGCUGAUAAUAUAAUAAAUAUUAAUAAAGAUGGACAAAAUAAUUCUUAUGAUAUGUUAGAAAAAAAUACAAAUGUAAAAAAUAUUGAUAAUAUUAUGAAUGAAUGUGAUAAUACAUUAAUAGCAAAAAGACAUGUGGAGAAUAACUAUUUAAAUAUAGACAAAUCAGUAUGUGAUAUAAAAGAUUUAGAAGUAUGUACAAGAUAUAAUACCAUAUUUUUAAAUUAUGUUUUGUUGAGUCAGUUAAGUUCUCAUGAUUUGUGUUUUAAAUUAAUUAAAUAUAAAAAGGUACUUUAUCUUUAUAAAAAAAUAAGACGAUUUAAUUGGAAUUGUAUUAAUUAUGCAUUUGUUAAUAUUAUAUAUAAAGGUUUAAAAUAUGCAUAUAUAUAUAAUUUAAAUAUUGAAAAUGAAAUGCAAGAAAUUCUUCAUGUAAUUUACUUUCUAUUUAUAUUUUAUAUAAAAUUACCAAGUAAUGUGCAGUUAAAUUCAUCUAAAUAUUUUAUACCAGAAGAUUACAAUUUGUUAGUUAAUGAUAACGAAAGUGUGGUCAAAGUUAUUUCGAAAAUUUUUGUUUUCUUGUUAAACAAGAAAUAUAAGAAAGGAAAUCAUAAUCCAUCUAAUAAAAACGAAAAUAAUCCCCAAGAAUUAUUAUAUAAAUUUCUUUCCACAAUGAAUGAGAAAAAUUUUACCAUGACAGAAAUGAACACAAAUAAUAGCAACACAAAUUUAAUGUAUAAUGAUACAAAUGGUAAUAAUAAUAAUAAUGACAAUAAUGAUGACAAUAAUGAUGACAAUAAUUGUGAUAAUUCUCUUCGGGAGAAUUUUUUCCCCAUAUUUACAAACAUUGAUACAUACGAAUAUCUAAAUAUUAUUACCUCAUUAUUUAUGCCACAUAUUCAUCCAUCCAAUAUAGGAAAACAUAUCGGGAAUAUCAAUUUAUUUAUUAAUUCCUUCUUAUAUUGUUUUAUUAGAAAAAUGAAAAGGGAAGAAAUUUAUUUAAAACGAAAGAAUAAAAAAACUGGAUUUUGUAAAAAAAUGGAAAAUAACAAAAUAAAUGGAACUUCACAUCUUGAUAAUACUAAUACAAAUAAUGAAUAUUUAAAACAAAAAUAUAUGAAUGAUUAUGUUAAUAAUUUUUUUAUUAUGGAAGAUGAUAAAAAGUUUGUAAUAGAGAAAUUUAUGGCCUUAGCUGUUCAAGGGAUGUUUCCAAAAAGUAAUAAAGGAAUUAGUUUAUUUGAAAAUAUUUUAAAACAUUUAUGUAUUAUUGAUAUAAAUUGUUUAGAUAUAUUUGUUAAGAAGAUAAUGGAUUGUUUAAUGAACGUUAAUAUUUCAACACAAAUAUGUAAUUGUCUAUUAUCUUUAUGUUUGUUAUUACCAUUAUUAAUAAAAUAUAAAUCAAAAUAUUUAAAAGAUAUCUUAUAUGUUAUGAAUAUGGGUAUAGAUAUAUGUGAUGUGUAUAAAAGUUUUACCAUUUUUUCUUUUCUGAGUAUUUUAUUUUCAUACAUAUCUAUAGUAAAAUUAGAUACUUGUACAAAUGAUGAUUAUUCUUUAGCUAUUGAUAAAUAUAAAAAAAUGAUAUCUUUAUUUAGUGAGGAUAAUAAAAAAAUAUUGAAUAAGGAAGAUAUAAAAAAAUUAUUAAUAGAAAGAAAAGAAUUGAUUGAUUAUAUGUGUUAUUGGGUAUAUGAAUUUUUUGAUAAAAUUCUAUAUUUCAUUAAGUUUUCCAAGAGUCAAAAAAGUAAAGAUAGUAAAAAACAAAAUGGAGAUAAUAAAGACAAUAAAAUAGAAAAUGAUUUAUAUACAGGAUUAAAGACGACAAUAAUCUCUUUGUUUAUUCAUUUAGAUCAUAAAAUAGUAUAUGAUUUAAGUCAAAGAUUUCUAAAUAAUAUUGAAUUAGAAAAUUCCAAAUUUUUAUCCAUUAUACCAUAUGCUAUAAGUUUAGUAGAUAAUAAAAAAAUAUUUGAUCUUUUGUUUAAUGCCUUUUAUAAAAAAUUGAUAACAAAAAAGAAAAAGAAAAAAAUAAUUAUAUUAUCCAGUGCAAAUAAUAAUAUAAUAAAUAAAGUGAAUAAUGAAACAUCAAAAUCUCUACAAACAUCUUUAGAAUCUCAACAAAUAGAAGAAUAUUAUGUUUAUACGAAAAAUGAAUAUGCGAAUGAUGAUACUGUAAAAUGUUAUUUACAGUUUUUGUCAAGUUUAAUGAGAAGAGCAAAAAAUGAAUUUCUCAAUGUAGAAGAUAUAUAUCAAUUAAUUAAAAUAUAUAUAGUGGAAGAUAAUAUUUCUGUGUUCAAAUAUAUAUGUAAAAUUAUAUAUAGAUUUUUAGAAUAUAAUUUUAGUGUAACAAUAAUGGAUUAUUCAUGUUUUCCAAUAAAUGAAAAAAUGAGUAAUAAGGAAAAAUUAUGUACAGCAGCAUAUUGGGGAAUACCGUGGCAUGUCAUAGUAUAUUAUGAGAAUAUCAUGAAUCAUACAAAUGUUUCUCCAAAUCGAAUAAAUGAUACUAAUAUUUCGCCAAAUCAAAUGAAUGAUACUAAUGUUUCUCCAAAUCAAAUAAAUGAUACUAAUGUUUUGCCAAAUCAAAUAAAUGAUACUAAUUUUUUUCCAAAUCAAAUAAAUGAUACUAAUGUUUUGCCAAAUCAAAUAAAUGAUACUAAUGUUUCGCCAAAUCAAAUAAAUGAUACUAAUGUUUCGCCAAAUCAAAUAAAUGAUACUAAUGUUUCGCCAAAUCAAAUAAAUGAUACUAAUAUUUCGCCACACAAAUCAAAUGAUACAAACGAAUUAAUCAAAUGGAAAACACCAUUAUUAGAAGAUGUAAAGGUAGGCAAAAAGUUUAUUUUUUUUCUUUUGGAUUAUUUAAUAGACUUACUAAUUCAAUGUGAUAUUCCAAUUAAUACACCUAAUAUUUUAAGGUAUAUUGAAAAAAGAAAGUUAGAUGAAAAUAGGAGUAAAAUAGAAUGGAAAUUUUCCUUAACAUAUUCUAAUGUUAUAUCAAGAAUAUAUAAAGUUAUAAAAUGUAUAAUUAAACCAACUAGUUUUCUAUAUCCAGAUGAAAGAUAUAAUUAUAAUAAUUUAUUAACCAAAUGUCAUGUUAUUAAUUCGAAAUUAUCUUUCUUUUUAUAUGUAUAUAUAUCAGAAAUUGUUAUUACCUUAUCUUUACACGUAUUAAGAGUACCUUCAAAUAUUUUAGAUAUGUCCGCAUUUAUUCGUGCAUGUAAUGAUAAUGAAGAAAAGACUGAGAACAGUUCAAAUGAAAAAAUAGUCCAAAAUAUGGAUAAUAAAAGUGAACUGAAAAAAUUAAAAGAAGAAUUUUAUAAAAUAGUUAUAAAUAAUAGAGAAAAAGAUAUAAAAGCUGAUGCAAAAGUUCAAAGGAAAAUGAUUAAAAACAUACAUUUCUUAUUAUUAAAAUGUAAUGAAAAUGCAAACUCAAGUUUAUAUAAUGAAUAUAUUAAUAGUGUGUUAUCAUUUACAUAUAAUAUUUAUCCUUAUAGUUAUAAUUAUGAUAUAAUAAAAAGUCAAUAUAUUAAUAAUAUAUUUUAUUUAUUUAAUGAAAGAUUAAAACAAAGAAAAAAAAAUUAUGCUUUCCGUGGAUUUAGAAAACAAUUAUGUAAUAUUUUAUUCUAUAUUAAUUUAUCUAUUUAUUCUCAAGUGCGAUCCUAUGCUCAAAAUACAAUUAAAUUAAUUUUGCCAUCUUUUAAAAUGAUUAAGGUUUCCUUUUUAAAAACAUGUGCCUUUUAUUUGAAAAAUUACAUUAAGUUGUAUUUGCUUGCCAAGGGGGAUAUCUUACGAAAGAAGAAAACAUUGGAUGAUUCAAAUGAUGGAGAAUUAAAAGAACAAAACAUGAAAAGGGAUGUAAUAAAUAAGGGAAAUAUACCUAUAGAGAAAAAUGAUGAAGAGGAAAGUGCUAUUCAAAACACAUCGGAACACAUUAACAAUACUGAAUUUGUAAAAGAAAGUAAUAUAUCCAAUGAAUAUAAUAAUAAUAUUAAUAAUGCAUCUAUUAAUAAGUGGAGUAGCUUAAAAAGUUUAAAUGAUUUAAAUAAUAAUGAUUAUUUUGAAAAUAAAUGUAUUAGCUCAUUUAAUGGAAUAAUAGUAUGUAUUUUAAACAAUAUGGGGUUAAUAAAAAAAAUUAGUACUGAUGUGCAUUUAUUGAAAAAGUUUCUUAAAGUUAUUAUUAGAAUUUUAAGAUUAGAUAUACAGAAAGAAGAUAUAACUAUGAAAUGUAUGAAAUUAGUUUAUUCCAUUAUUAAUAAUAGAUUUAUUAAAAAGAGUGUAGAAGAAAAGAAAAAAAAGAAAAAAAUAAAUAAACUUUUUUUAUGUUUAAAGGAAGAAAGUGAAAAAAAGAAUAAUGUAUAUUCACAAAUUGUUAUUAUGUCAUUUUUAAUUUGUUUUAAUUAUUUUGUAGUAGAGAAUCAUUGUGAAUUUUAUUUUAAUUAUUUAAUAGAAAAUUUGUCUAUCAAAAAAAAUGUUCAUGUAUAUAAUUUAGCAUUUUGUGGAUUUAUUAAAAUGUUGAAAUAUUUAAAUGAUUUUCAUUUGAAAGGUGUUAUGCCUAAACAUAUAACACUCAUAUUUGAAACAGAUAAAAUUUAUAAAAAUUUUAUUGAUAUAUGUAUAUAUAAAAAUUUAAAAAACAAGAAGAAAAACAAUAGUAUGAAUGCUAUAAUAAUUAAUUUGUCCAAAAUUCAAAAGCCAUUCAAAGGUUUUACACAAAUAAGUGAAACCUAUCUAAAAGAUUUCUAUUCUUAUUAUGUCUUCUUUGAAUUUUUAGUUAAUAUCCAAAAUACUUAUUUUGAAGAAAUGCAAGAGAAAGAGACUCGUUUGCAUGCAAUGGAAAACUUGAUGAGAGAUGAAAAUUAUAAUAAGGAUUUAACACAAGAACAAAAUAUAAAAGAAAAUAUAGAUGCACAUAUAGUUGAAUGUAUAAGUACACAUAAUGGAAAUGAUAAGGGGAAAUAUAUUUCCGAUCAUUUAAACAAACAUAAUUUAGAAGAAAAUGAAGCAAACCAUAUUUCUUGUAAUGAAAACAUAAUAAGUGAUAAAACAAAUGAUUCGGGUGGUAAUAAUAAUGAGAAAGAAUCAAGAAAUGAUAUUACUUAUAGUGAAAAUAUAAAUGUUAAAAAUUGUAAAUUGAAAUACUUUGAAAUGGUACUUAUAAUAUUAAAAGAAUUACAAAUGGAUAUACAUUAUUCUGAUAAUGAAUAUAAGUGUGCAUUUAUAUCAAUAUUGUGCCCUUUACUUUUAUCCAUAAGAAAACUAAGAAAUAAAGAAGAAGCUGAAGAUAUAAUAAAAGUUAUAGUAAACCUAUUAGAAAAAGAAAUUGCCAUAGUAAAUAUCGAAGUAUUUAAUGUUUGGAUAUAUUGUUUUCAUUUGUUAUUUAUUAAUAUAAAAAAGAAAUAUAUUCAUGUAUAUAAUAAGUUAUUUGAUUUCUGUUUAAGGUUUAAUGUUCAAGAUAUAUCUAAUGUAACAUUUAAGAAAAAAAUGCAAUUAUUAGAUAUUAUGCUUUUAUAUAGUCUUCAUAAAAAUGUUUACAUGUUGGAUAACAGUUUAAUGAAUUUGAUAAAAUUAAUUGAAAAUGAUAACAUAUCAGUUAGACAAAUUAUAGGUGAUGUAUUUUGUUAUAUGUUAUAUGUCUUAUAUGACAAUAAGCAUUAUGAGCAUUUGAAAUGUAUGUAUUAUAAUAUCUUAUUAUUUUUAUAUACAUCAGCUAACAAUGUUAUUACAUAUUUAGAGGAAAAUAGUAUAAACGUAUCAAAACAGUCGAAAUAUAUAUAUAUAUUAGAAACAUAUGCAUAUUUAACACUUACAGCAUUUAAUAAUAAAUGUAUGUAUGUAUUUAACAACUUAAGUAUUAUAUUUUUAAAGAUGUUCAUGUUAUCAUUUCAGUUGGUUGAUGUGUUUAUUAAUGGAUUGGUUAGUAAAGCAAUCAAUUGUUUUUUAUGUCCAUCUUUAUAUUUAUUCAAAUUUGAUAUAAUAAAUAGUAGUAAUAAUAAUAAUAUACAAAUAUAUGAUAUAAAUAAGAAUGAUAAUAAUUUAAAGAAUGUGGGUUUCCCUGAGCAAGUGCAUAAAUUAAAUAUUUUAUUAGAAGAAGAUAUAGGGACCUUAGUUAUUAAAAAUAUAAGCAAUUUGAUUAACAAAUCUAAUUGGAAAAUAAGAAAUUGUGCCUUACAAUUUUGUUAUUAUUUUCAUUUGUAUUAUUGUAUUUUCUUUUAUAAUAAAAAAGAAAAUGCUUUUCUUUUAAAUAUGUUUAUAUCAUUAUUAGUUGAUAGUUAUAUUGAAAUUCAAAAUUUAUCACGUGAUAUUUUAUCAUCUGUAUUUUGUUAUUAUGAUAAUAAGACACUUCAAAUUUUUUCCAGUUAUUUUCUAUCCCUACUAAAUGAUCAUAAAAAUUUACAAAAACUACCUUCCAUAUCUAAAGAAACUUCAUUAAAAAUCAUAGACAAAAAAAAAACAGUUUCUAUUUAUGCACUUAUAAGUAUUGUUAAUUCUUUCCCAAAUUACAUACCCCCAUGGUUACCAAAUAUAUUAAUAAGUGUAGCAAAAUUGUCUAACAGUUCUUCACAUGUUAUAAAAAAAGAGAUAGAAAAGUGUAUUCAAAACUUUUUAAGAACACAUAAGGAUGAAUGGGAAUACAAAUAUAAACAAAUAUUUACAGAAGAACAGUUAAAUAUUUUGGACUUAUAUAAAGGAGAGCUAAAUUAUUUCACAUAA